ACAGUGUACAAAUAUCCCACAACAGGAGGUUCUAUUUCUCUGUGCCAUUAUAGGCUCUUUAAUGUUGUUUAGGUGACAUGGUUAGACUGUCUGCUUCUCUUCACACACAGAGGCCUACUCUACCCCUCCCCCACAUGGGACAAGCACACCACCAGCAGCAAGAGCACCCACAUAAAGCAAAGCCAUGCCACUAUCUACCCUGCUGUGGAAUGGAGCUUAUGCAUUUCUCCCCCUGGCUAGAACAUCCCCCAAGAUGGCAGAGGAGGGCAGCAGUACCAGGGACUGUGAGUCCCUCAGCGUGCUCAACUGGGACCAGGUUAGCCGGCUGCAUGAGGUUCUGACCGAGGUCGUACCCGUCCAUGGACGAGGCAACUUUCCAACCUUGGAGAUAACCCUUAAGGACAUCGUCCAGACUGUCCGCAGCCGGCUGGAGGAGGCAGGCAUCAAAGUUCAGGACGUCCGAUUGAACGGCUCUGCAGCUGGCCAUGUUUUGGUCAAAGACAACGGCUUGGGUUGCAAAGAUCUGGAUCUCAUCUUUCACGUGGCUCUCCCCACGGAGACAGAAUUUCAGCUGGUGAGAGAUGUAGUUCUGUGCUCCCUUCUGAACUUUCUGCCAGAGGGUGUGAAUAAGCUCAAAAUCAGCCCUGUCACCUUGAAGGAGGCAUAUGUGCAGAAGCUGGUGAAGGUCUGCACAGAUGCAGACCGCUGGAGCCUGAUUUCCCUCUCCAACAAGAACGGGAGGAACGUGGAGCUCAAGUUUGUUGACUCUAUCCGGCGUCAGUUUGAGUUCAGUGUGGACUCCUUCCAGAUCAUCCUAGACUCUUUGCUGUUUUUCUAUGACUGCUCCAGUAACCCCAUCUCUGAGCAUUUCCACCCCACGGUGAUCGGGGAGAGCGUGUACGGGGACUUUGAGGAAGCCUUUGACCAUCUUCAGAACAGGCUGAUUGCCACCAAGAACCCCGAAGAAAUCCGAGGCGGGGGUCUUCUUAAGUACAGCAACCUUCUGGUGCGGGACUUCAGGCCUGCGGACCAGGAGGAAAUCAAGACUCUAGAGCGUUACAUGUGCUCCAGGUUUUUCAUCGACUUCCCAGACAUCCUGGAACAGCAGAGGAAGCUGGAGACCUACCUUCAGAACCACUUCGCCGAAGAAGAGAGAAGCAAGUACGACUACCUCAUGAUUCUUCGCAGGGUAGUGAACGAGAGCACCGUGUGCCUUAUGGGGCACGAGCGCAGGCAGACCCUGAACCUCAUCUCCCUCCUGGCCUUGCGAGUGCUGGCAGAGCAGAACAUCAUCCCCAGCGCCACCAAUGUCACCUGUUACUACCAGCCAGCUCCUUACGUCAGCGACGGCAACUUCAACAACUACUACAUCGCCCAUCCCCCGGUUACCUACAGCCAGCCUUAUCCUACAUGGCUGCCCUGUAACUAACCUUAAGACCUGAGGGUUUCCACAGUGGGAACCCAUUCAGGGCAGGGGCUUUCAGGUAGGAGAGCCUCCUCCUAGAUGUAGGUGUUUGGCUUUUAAAGGGGAACUCAGCUCUGACUCUGCUUUUCUUUGUGAACCCAUUGGAGUAGGUCCACAAGACUAUCAGGAGCCAACCCUAAAAGGACCCGUAUUACAGUGCCACUCUGGAAGAUGCAAUAGGAAGUGUGACCUCUCUACAUCUUUCUAAGAUAGUCACUCACUUGCCGCUUCCCAGACAUUGGCACAUGGGAUUUGAACUCUACACAGUCUCUGAGGUUGGGAGAGCUGGGCAGCACAUGAGAAGCGUUAAAGGCACUCUUCUCUCGACUAAGCCUCCAGUCCUCUGCAGGCUCCCAUUCAGGAUGCUCAGCAGUUAUGUGAAAGCUGUGCCGAUAGUCUCUUAUUGUGUCAGUUUUAGUCAGCCCCCAAACUGGUAAACACGAGGGUGCUCUUUGUGACUGAAUUUUCAUUCACGGGACUGAGUUGUGUGUAUCUAGUCCCUGUAGCAGAGCUGAGAAUUUCAUUCAUCAAUAAACCAAAGCCAAUAGCUGGAGACUUGAGAUCUGGUUGGAAGUGGUUUAUGAUAGAUGCUGGGCUGUUUCAAGGAAUUAUGAGACAUUGUGGAGAGAAAAAAUAAUAAUGACCUUUUCUUGAAAUGUAACUUGAAAACAAAAUAAAAUGUGGAACGUAAUGUUCAAGUAGAAUUGUGGUGGCGGGUGGCGAUUGUCAAUAGGAAACAUGAGUGUUUUGUUUUGUUUUGUUUUUCUGUAAGGAAUUCUUUAUUGAACGACAUGAGCUCCAUUAGCUCUCUGUUGACUGACUCUUGUUCGCUCUUCCUGAGAGUAAGGACUGUGUUGUGACUAGAGUCAUGGUCAUAUCUGACUUGAGGUUCUUCCCAUGUUUUAAUUGGAAACCCAUUUUUGGACAUUAAUCUCAGUAUGACAGCUUUUUUGCUGGAGUACGUUGGACCCUUCUCCAAUCCCUUCAAAAAUAGUGAUUGUAUUCCCCAAAUAUUUUUCACAGCAGGAGAAUUCGGGAAUCUCAGGAGAAAAGAGUGACCAGUAGACCCACUUUUGAAUUUCACUUUCAAUCUCCAAGUUGCAGGGAAGUAGGGGUUUAGUGUCGUCUGGCCUUGUGUGUUCUCACUACCAAGGCACUUUGAUUACUCUGCUGUCUUUGGGGAAGAGUUGAGUGAGUGAAGAAUGACCUUUCUUAUUCUGUAGAUUCAAGCAUUAUGUUUAUAUCCUGCACUAUAGAAGGAAAACAGUGUUAAUUGCUGGCCCAAAGCAAGCAGUUCAUGGGGAGAGAUCCAGGUGACUGUUGCCUUACCUGGUAGGUUCAGAUGAGAGAUUUCACCUUUUGAAACUUUCUGUGGGAUACCUUAGAAUGCAUCACUUUAGGAUAUCAAGAGGAAAGGCGUUCAGUAUUGCCAGCAAGCUUGAUUUCUAAAGUGAUUCCAUCAGAUCCACAAGCUCAGUUUUUACUUUGUCCAGCGACCAUAAAAAUCCAAAGAUCCGAGUGAUUGCUUUGUAUCUGCUUUAUUGAACUAGUUAUCUUCAUGUAAAAAGGCCCAGCACAAAGUAAUUGGCUGGCCUUUUUUCUAGUAAUGUGUUUUCAAGUUUCUUCUGGAAUGUGCUACAUUGGUCCCCUUAACAGCUGAUUGUCGUGCAUCUUCACUGGCCUCCACGUUAAGUUAGGUCACCAGAAGCCACGUAGUACCCCUAGUUUCUGCUGCUCUGUGGCUCUUAGUUAUGUUUGAAUUCACUGGCUCUGAGUUCUGUGAGGGGACCCCAGCUGUUUCAGUGUUGGAAGGAAGGUAAAGAAAACCCAACUUUGAAAACCAUCGGUCAUCCAUGACCUUAAAAUGCUGCCAUUGUAGUGCAGUGAGGACACAUUUGCACAGAAAUAGAUUUGUAGAGUCAGAGCUUUUGAAGUGGGUUGGAGGCUCCCUCAAUGUAAGCACUUGCUAAUAGAAGCAGAAAUCAGGAUUGCUUUGACUGAGAAGGCUUGGGGACCAGUGAGGCACUGGAAAAACAUCUGGCUUCUUUUUGAAAUUCUUUCUGCUUUAUAUACAUAUAUAAUGUUUUCAGUCAGGCCAUAGUCCCUGAGGAUGGAGAGAGAGAAGUUGUAAACCACCGCUGUGUGAUGGUCCUCUUGGUAGUUUCUUUGCCUGCCCAACUGUUUUGUAGUUUGAGAAUUGAUGUGUGUUCUAGAACCAUCAGAGUAAAAAGUUGCAUUGACCAGAGCUCCAUCUUUAAGACACAACUCCUAGAUUGUGGAUGUCUGGACUAGAGGUGUAUCUACCUGCUCUGUGAACCUUCUGCCAGACCAGAAACAGGCCAGAGAACCUUUCUAUCUGAAACCUGUCUUUUGUGCUGCUCACCUAUACACCAGACACCCUUCCUUGUAGUGAAUCCAAUGGCUCCCCUUUGUGUGUGUGUGUGUGUGUGUGUGUGUGUGUGUGUGUGUGUGUGUUGGUCUUGGCAGAGGGCACUGACGUGCAAGUACACACUCAGAGCCUGCUCUCCCAGUCUGCUCUUCAGAGUCAGUAGCAGCUGGGUUGAAAACAGUGCCUUCAUCAUUGAGUACCCAGAUGCCCAUGUACUUAGUUCUUGGCUUUGAGCUCCAGGCACACCCUCUGCCUUAAACCUUGGCAAGAAGAUGCUGCUGCUUGGUCAGUCAUUGCAUUAAGAUGAGACUCUGGUUACUAACGCCUCUAAAUUAAAUUCCUGGUGACUGCUUGUGAACUGAGGGAGGCCUGGCCCACACCUGGGAGCUAGCAGAUGAGUGGAGCUGGGU